GAGGAAGAAGUUGCUUCACCUGCAGAAAUUGCAAAAGCAUACAUGGGAUCUAGGCCCUCCAAAUUUUCCCCUUCAAGUCUAAAUUUGCAACGGCAUGUCUUCAGGGAAGAGACAACUUUUUUAGCAAGUAGCACACCUUAUGCAUCACGAUCAUCUGAUGUUUCAGUUUGGCCAAGAUCUGUUGUUCGCUUUUCUAAAGUUCCUGAACAACCUGAUAAUGGCUAUUUCACUCCAAGACCUCAGGGGCAGGUCAGCAAUUUAUAAAAUGUCCCGUUCUCCAUAUUUUAAAGUUCCAGCAAAACCACAGGCCAAGGGUGAUAUGCGUAGUGGAGAUGGUUAUGCUGGCCCCUCCACAUCGUCCCACUGGGCUGCAACAAAUUCCAUUUCAUCUAGUAAGCAGAUCUUGAAGAAGGGGAAUUCAUUCUUAGAGAGUGAUCAUGGAUCUUUUGGUCCUAUACGCAGGAUCCGACAAAAAUCAAACUUAAUGCGCCCUAUGAAGGGCAUCUGUACACCUUCACGGCAGUCUUCUUCCUAGUUCCUCCACUCCUAUUGGCAUGGAUAAUCUUUCGGGGUUCACAUCUAUUCAAAAGCCUUUCCAAUAUAAUGCACAGGGAUAUGGCUUAGGUUCAGAGGAUGCAAAACCCUGUGAUAAUGGAAUUUUGGGUGGAAAAUGAUCCUCAUAUUCCUGCCCAAUCUUUUGAGACAGCUCAAAAAAUUUUGCAGAAGCUAGACAAAAUAGUGUCUUCUCCAAAAGAGAAAUCGUCUGAGCUGAAAGCUAUUUCAAUGGAUGGGUCACCUUCAAAUUUAACACUUGGUAUGCCGCAAGGACAGGCUCUUAGAAGCAUAGAAGGUAUAGAUUCAUCUAAUUUUAUGAACAGUAGUAGGAAUUUUAUUGUGGAUGAUGGCCAUGCUUCCCUCCCUCAAAGUAUGCCUCACAACCAAGACAUUCUAAAGAAUGGCCCUUUGGAGCCUGGUGUUUCUCUAGUCCAAUUGACUCCUGAAUCUGCUGUCAGUGUUCAUGCCAUCACACCGGCCACAAAUGCAAAGUCUGAUAGUGAAAGGGCUUCAGGUUCUGCCAUUUCAGGGUCUGCUGCAGUUCCUUUGCAAGAAAAGACGGCAUUUAAAAUUAGUGCAGUUGAGGGUUCUUUGAAGAUGGAUGAUGAUUACAAGGUUUCGUAUGGAAGGGAUAAACUGUCAAAAACAGGAUUCAAGGAUACCAUUUCUAACACAGAGAUAUCAGAUGAGCCUUUUUUGUCUACUUGCCAAAGCGUGCCUGUUUCUACUACAAAAUCAUUUGGUUUGUUUGAGAGCAAAACUUCUGAUGGCCCUGUUGGCUUUUCGUUUCCUGCAACACCUUCUUCUUCUUCCUUCAACUCCAAAGCUGCACCACCUGCAACUAUUUUUUUGCCAAAAUUUAGUGAUACUGUGGGCUUGAAAAGCAGCUCAGAGUUAUCAACCAGCAAUACCUUCACAGCAACUCAACUAGAAGACUCGGAUUUAUUUAGAGAUAAAAUUCGUAAGGCUGGAGAACUAUUAAAAUUCAACACAUUUGGAAGUCCAGUUUCUCCAGACUUCUCAAGUUCGGCUGGCUCAUCAAUAUUUGCUUUGGAUGCUCCUGUAAAUUCCAGUCUGAAUAAUGGUCCCUUGAAUCCCAAAUUAUCUGCCAACUUUGCUUCAAAUGCUUCAGGUUCUGGUAAUCAAAUGGUCUCCAUUUUCUCUACCGCUAAUGCUGCUGCUACCAGUCCAACUAGUUCAUUGGUUUCUUCUACAGCACCUAUGUUUUCCACUGCCAAUACAUUUCAAAUGGUGGCAUCUGGCACAGCUUGUGCCCCCUCUUCAGUUUCUGCACCUUUUGGUGCUUCUGGUUCUAAAGAUCUUAAAGCAAAAUCAACCAAGACACUGCCAUUCACCUUCACUAGAACAUCUUUUAUGGGAACAUCUGCAAUUUCUAACCCAGGAAUUAAAGAUUCUUCCUUGAGCACUAGUUCAUCUACUCUGGGCACAUCACCUUCCCUGGCUUACACAUCUUCAUCAGUAUUUUUGAGUACAGGCAGUGGCAAUUUUAGUUUUAGUUUUCCAGCUCAAUCUAGUGGUUCAAGCAUAUAUCAGAGUUCUAAUCAAUUUGGUGUGCCAGCAAGUCCUGCUUUUGGUGCCCAAGCAAAUUCCUCGUCAACAACGUUGUUGACCAGCUCUCCUUCGCUCGGUUUUGGUAGCUCUUUAUUUGCACAACCAGCUACUGGCUUAUCCAGUUCUAGUUUUCAAUCAUCGCCAUCCAUGUUCGCUGCUCCGGCUGCAGGGAACUCGCAGUUCACAAUUGGCUCAUCAUCAGGUCCAGCAUUCUCAUUUACGGCAUCAACUUCUGCAUUUGGUACAGGCUUUCUGCUGAACAAUCAGAUGAACACGGAGGAUAUCAUGGCCGACGAUCCACUCCAAUCCACUGCUCCCACAUUUCGCUCAUUUGAUCAACCAAGUUUCCCGGUCGGUUCUCCUGCAAUUCCAUCAUUAGGUAUACAACAACCCAUGGUCCAAUUCAGUCAACCAACUGGUAAUGUAGACCUUGGCGGAAGCUUCUCUCUGGGCACUGCUAGUGACGGUAAGGCCCACCGGAGAUUCGUGAGAGUUAAACGGAGCAAGACCGGGAAGAAGUAAACCAACAGAGUAUUAAGUAAAUUUGAUAAUCUUUUGCAUUUCAAAGUAAAUUUGACACAGUUCUAAGUCUCUUUCUUCACUAUAUUUGUUUGCCAUUUUGGUUUUAGCUGUAAAACUGGCCCCUGUUCUUUUUCUUGUACCAUAUAACAAUAUGUACACAUCUCUACAAGUUUCUAUGUC